AAAUAAUUUCGUAUUAAAUUUUAAUUUUCAAUCUCCAAGAAGUACAAAUCUCAAGUACAAACAAUUAUCUACAAUUGGUUAUUUCUGGUUUUCAUUAUCUGUGUGUCAAAUAAUCUUUAUUGUGUAGUUUUUUGAGAUGGUUUUAUGCAUAAAGAUUACAAGAAAUAAUUCAAAGGAAGAUAUUUAUUAUCGAUGAUAUGUUGAAUAUGGUUCCUCGCACUUUGGUUUUUCUCCACGACAGAUCAAUGAUGAUCGAUUUUCACGUCAAAUCAUCUCUCCGGUUUUCACUGGUUGUUUGUCUUUACAACGUCAAAAAAAAUUCCCUUGUUGUUUCGACUCCAUUCGAUUUUGUCUGUCAAUAAAGUUUUCUCUAUCUGUUUCAAAUCGGAAAAUAUCUGCAUAAACGCACACACACAAUAAUGUCUUGCUUUAUCAUUGCUAAAAGCAUGUCAAUCACAUGAUAUUUAUAGUUAUGAUAAAUAAUUAUCCUUUCCGAUGAAUUUAUAUUAAUAAUGGAUAUAAAGUCUAUUUGUAAUCGUUAUUAAGUUAUGUUGAUUUUUAAAUUUUUUUUUAAACGAUUGUGAUAAUAAUGAAGAAUCAAACAAAACGAAUAUUGGUCACACCAAUCAACGCUGUUGGUCACGUGAAUGCAUGUACCGGUGUUGCAUUACCAUUACUACGACGUGGACAUCGUGUUGCAUUUUUCGUUGAAACACCAUAUAGUGGUAAAUUGAAAUCUUAUGGAUUUGAAGAAUUUCUAUUCGAACCAUUCAAAGAACCAGGAGAAAAUGUUGAAGAAUUUAAGAAUCCUGGUGAACAGAUGGCAAAAAAAUUACUUAAAAUCGGUAUGUUGGGCACUAAUGAUCCACGUAUACAAUUAGCUAAAAUUGAUGAGAAAAAAAUGAUGUCCGAAGAUAAACGAAAAUAUGAAGAUGAACAAUUACGAACGGUUAUUGAAAAAUUUCAACCCGAUCUUUUUAUCGUUGAUAAUAUAAUGUUGGAACCGGCUAUUUAUUAUUCGACUAAACCAUGGAUUCGUGUGAUCAGUGUUGUUCCACUAUUACAUCUACAUGAUAUUCAUGAAUUACCACCAGCAUGGUCAGGUUUUACCGAUGCGGAAUAUUCCGAAUGGGAUGAUAUACGAAAAUAUACGAAAAAGUUUCAUUAUAAUGAAACAUUUAAUGAUAUUAACGAAAAUAUUGGCUAUAAACGAUAUCCAGAUAAUGUUAUGAUACCAGAAACACAAUCAUUAACAUUGUAUGCUUUUCCGGAAGAAUAUGAUUAUCCUGAAAUAAAAAAAUAUCGUGAAAAUUGGUUCAAUCUAGACGUUUUUAAUAAAAAUGAACAACAAGAACAGAUUGAUUUGAAAGAAUUUUUACCCAAAGAAUUUUAUGACAACAAUCUCGAUGGAAAUUUCACUGGUAAAUGGAUCUAUGUAUCGAUGGGUUCAAUGGGUUCAGCAGAUCUAGACCUGAUGCAUCGAUUGAUUGAAGUAUUAUCCAAAACUAACCAUAAAUACAUUGUAUCUAAAGGGCCUCGUCAUGAAGAAUAUGAAUUGAAACGUAACCUUUGGGGUGAUCGUUAUUUGCCACAAACAAAAAUUCUACCCAUAGUUGAUUUGGUCAUAACACAUGGUGGUAAUAAUAGUGUAACGGAAACAUUUGCUCAAGGUAAACCAAUGAUCAUUAUGCCAUUAUUCUGUGAUCAACUUGAUAAUGCACAAAGAUUAUCAGAGAAAAAAUUGGCAAUCAAAAUACAACCAUAUAAUUUUACUGAUGAACAAUUGAUCGAAUCGAUUGAUCGUCUCAUUUAUGAUGAUGCAUUAAAUUCACGUUUAAAACGAGCAUCACAGCGAAUACUGAGUAUAGAUAAACAUGAAAUUGCUUGUGAUUUGAUUGAGAAAAUUCUGCAAAAUUAAUAAAUUUCUUUGUUCUCAUAUGAAAUUACUAUUUUAAUUAAUAAAGUGUUGAUAAUUAUAAUUAUAAUAUAUGUCAGGGAAUUGUUAUGGUUUUAAUAAAAUCAUAACAAUCCCACGAUCGAAGUCGAAAUGAUCGAGCAUCAAAGGAUGCGACAAACAUCGAUAAACAUUCAAAAAAGUAAAACUAAUAUUGUUAUGAGAAAAUUCUAAUAAAUGUAAAACACAAACAAAAGAUACAUUUUAGGGAAUUGUUUUGUCUAUUACGAAAUAGACAAAACAAUCAUAACCGACAUCAAAGGAUGCGAAGAACAUCCGAAAACUUUGAACAUUCGAUUGAUAAAACAAAACAAAUUGUAAUUCUGAAAUUACUAUAUAAACGAAUCUAAAAAGAAUAAUAAAGUACGAUAAUUAUUAUUGGUGAA